AUGAGGCAGCCCCACUUCCCUGCCCUUCUGCUGCUGCUGCUGCUGCCCCUGCUGCUGAGGUCUGGGGCCGAAGGGGCCAGGGCUCUAAGAGCCUGUGGGCGCCCAAGGAUGUACAACCGGAUGGUGGGCGGGGAGGAUGCCUUAGAAGGCGAGUGGCCCUGGCAGGUCAGCAUCCAGCGCCACGGGGUCCACUUCUGUGGAGGCAGCCUCAUCGCGCCGACGUGGGUCCUCACCGCUGCACACUGCUUCUCCAACACUUCAGACAUAUCCAUAUACCAAGUCCUGCUGGGAGCACUGCAGCUGGAGCAGCCAGGACCGCAUGCCCUGCAGGUCCCCGUGAAGCGCGUGGAAAGCAAUCCCCAGUACCAAGGCAUGGCCUCCAGUGCCGACGUGGCUCUCGUGGAGCUGCAGGUGCCCGUGACCUUCACCAAUUACAUCCUUCCUGUGUGUGUGCCUGACUCUUCCAUCAUCUUUGAGUCCGGCAUGAACUGCUGGGUCACUGGCUGGGGCAGCCCCAGCGAACAAGACCAACUACCCAACCCACGGACCCUGCAGAAACUUGCUGUGCCUAUAAUUGACACACCCAGGUGCAACCUGCUGUAUAGCAAAGAUGCUGAGUCUGAUUUCCAGCUCAAGACCAUCAAGGAUGACAUGCUCUGUGCAGGCUUUGCAGAGGGCAAGAAGGACGCCUGUAAGGGUGACUCUGGAGGUCCGCUGGUGUGCCUUGUGGACCAGUCAUGGGUGCAGGCUGGGGUGAUCAGCUGGGGGGAGGGCUGUGCCCGCCAGAACCGCCCAGGUGUCUACACCCGCGUCAGUUCGCAUCACAAAUGGAUCCACCAGAUCAUCCCAGACUUGCGGUUUCAGGGGAAGGCCAGCAGCCAGCAGCAGCAAAGGGGCCCCCGAGGUUGGCAGCGUCAGGUGGGGGGCUCCGCCAACUGCCUGGCUGCCCACGCAGUCCUGAUGGGCCUGGUGGCACUGCUCACUAGCCUCUGA